AUGGUUAGUAAUUGGGGCCUUCUGAUUCCGAAUCCGUUUUCAGAAUUGACCUGGGUCGUCCGGAAGUGGGCACAAGAUGGGCACGAAGUUGGGCUGAAUAAGAGAAAAAUCGAUAUAAAAAAUUCUCCAGCUCCAGCCGUUUGCGCCAGAGAUGGAGGCAACAAGUUUAGUCAGAGCGACUUCCAAAAGAAAGUAACCAAAAUAUUUAAACUACUCCAUGCUCACAAGCACGUGUUGGCACUUGAACUUAAUCUUUGGAAGAAGUUGCCAAAGGUGCCUGAGCAAAGAGCAGUUAGAUAUGAUGAAGGUAAAGGUUUGUUGGAAGGCCAGGAUGUCGCCUCGUCGUCAGGAGUGGCGUCCUGUUCGUCAGGGGCGGCGUCCUAUUCGUCAGGGGCGGCGUCCUCGUCGUCUUUGCCAAGACAAUCUGAUAUAUUAAGGGAUAUAUCAGAUUGUCCCUCAUCCACAUCGGUUUGCACGCACCACAGCCGACAAUUUGAAAUGCCUGCUCAAAUUUCCUCUGAUGUGGUAGAUGAAUCAAGGGAAAACCUACAUUCAUCUACGAUAAUAGAGGAGAGUUCUGUAGUUCCUUCUGAGGAUAAUGGUCCACUUUUGGGUUCUGAACUCACGAAUGAACCAAUUUCGUCUGAUGAUGAUGGUCCAUUUUUGGGUUUUGAGCCCAUGAUUGAAGCAUUAUCAGGUUGUCAAUGUUCUGCGGGUUCUGCCGUUACAGCUUACGUGGAUUCUGAAGCAAGUUGUUCAACAACCACUUCUGAAGCAAGUUGUUCAACAACCACUUCUGAAGCAGGUUGUUCAACAACCACUUCUGGAACCAUGGAACCUGGCGCUUCUUCUUCAUCGGAACCUGUUCCGAAGGGGAAUAAGAAAAAACGCAAACGGCGAACUGAAUUUGAAAUGUUGCUUGGCUCUACUGUUUGCUUCCCUUGAUUCUGUACCUCGGAAUGUCCAUUUUUUAACUUUACAGGAGAGCAGUUUUAAAUUGUUUUUUAACAUAGGCGCAAAUGGACUUAAUGUUUUUUUAAAGGUCACUAUCUCCAUUAAUAUAAUUUAAAAUAUUUAUCAUUUAAAAUUAACGGUAUAUAUCCCGAAAGAGGGAUCAGAAAUAAAUGUAAUCUAAAAUUUAGUUUAUAAUUAAUGUAAAAUUGUCCUAUAAAUGG